GGUGGUGCGGCACGCGCAGUGGCUGUUGGGACGGAAACCGAUUUGAAGCGGUUGAGAUUUGAGCAGCGGCGGUUGCGGCGGCAGUGACAGGAUCCUCUCGUCCGUCCAAUGCGGUUAAAUUGAACGAACAUUCGCCGAACGCCAUGAGCGUCCAGUUCACCACUCGGACCCAGGACACGCUGGGUAAGGUUAUCAAGAAGCCGCCGCUGACGGAGAAGCUGCUGAGCAAACCGCCGUUCCGCUACCUGCACGAUAUCUUCACCGAGGUUAUAAAGACUACUGGAUUUUUGAAAGGAUUGUUUACAGAGUAUGAGAUGAAAUCUGAUAAUGUUAAGGACAAAGAUGCUAAAAUUAGCUUCCUACAGAAGGCAAUUGAUGUUGUGGUGAUGGCAUAUGGUGAGCCUUUGUCUGUGAAACCUGCCCGGAUUGUGGCAGGACAUGAGCCAGAGAAAACCAACGAGCUCCUGCAAGCCAUUGGAAAAUGUUGUCUAAACAGGCUUUCCAGUGAUGAUGCUGUAAGGAGGGUCCUUGCUGGAGAAAAGCCAGAUCUUAAAGCCAAAACACCUUCAGGUUCCAAAUCUCAGGGCAAAGAAAACCGUGAGAGAAAGGAUGACGACCGAAGGAGACUGAAAGACAAAGAACAUGAGGAAAAGAAGGAAAAUGAAAUCAAGGAGACCAGCAGAGAUCGAAAAGAAAAGGAACGCUCAAAAGAACAAGGGAAACCAACAGACAAAGAAAAAGACAGACACAAAGACAGUGAAAGAAGAGAAAAAGGGAAAGAAUUGGAAAGAGACCGAGCACAAGCAAAAGAAAGAGAUAGGGAAAAGGACCGGAAUAGGGGAGAAGGGGAAAAGGACAAGAGCAGAGAUGUAGAAAAGGAGAGGAUUAGAGGAGAAAAGGGGGAAAAAGAUAAGGCUAAAGGUGAAGUGGAUAAAGACAAGGAGCGAACCAAAGAGAAGGAAAGAAAUCGAGACAAGGAUAGAGUGAAAGAAAAAAGAGAGAAGAUCAAGGAGCGAGAACGCUCAAAAGACAAAGAUCAAGAAGUGGAAAAAGAAAAAACAAAAGAACCAGAGAGAAAGCCCCGAGCAUUAGCAGAAGAAAAAACUGUUAGAAAGCCUUCAGAGGUAACCAGGAAAGAGAAUAAAAGUGAUACGGACCAGGAGGUUGAGAGUCCUGUGAAGAUACCAAGACCUUCCUCAGCAAAAGGCCAAAGACGAAAACCAAAAUCAGAAGAAGAGGACGAGAAAACACCUAAAACAGCAGUUAGUCAGCAAGAAGUAUUAGAGCAAAAGCCUGAGAAAGAGACCAUUGAAAACAAGCUAGAUGAGUCGGAUGUGGAGGCAGACCCAGAAACUCUGCACAGUUCAAAUGAGAAGAAGCCAGCCACUGAGGUCAACGGACAUGUUUCUGAGGAUGUUGUGCACCAAGCCGCACAGAGGCGAAUACCCCGACCAGGUAGCGCAAGGCCAGCGCCGCCCAGAGUGAAGAAGCAAGAAAGUACAGAGCAGCCCCCAGAAAGAAUUGGAAGUGGAAAGCAUGUGUCUAAUGUGAUAGUGGACAAGAAUUUGGCUACAGAAGAGGAUGAUGAUGAACAGUUCGUGGUGGAAGAAGCAGUGCCCGAGCUCCCUGAUAUGCCAGAGAUGGAACCGGUUCCAACAAUGGAACUGCACAGCAAUGAGGAUCAUGGGGGCCUUGUCAAGAAGAUUUUAGAAACUAAGAAGGAUUAUGAAUCUUCCAAGUCUUCUUUGAAAUCCAAAGAACAGGAUAAAACAAUUAUCUCUGAAACAACCAAAAAGAAAGAGAGAGAGCAUGUAGCCAAGGAGAUAGAAAAACUUCGGACAUCAAUCCAGACAUUGUGCCGCAGCGCUUUGCCACUUGGUAAAAUAAUGGACUACAUCCAGGAAGACAUGGAUUCCAUGCAGAAUGAAUUAACUGUGUGGCGCAAGGAGAACAAGGAACACGCAGCAUCCCUCCUGAGAGAACAAAGCAUCACAGACACUGCUGUGGAGCCACUGAAAGUGGAACUAACGGAAUUGGAGCAACUGAUCAAGGACCAGCAAGACAAGAUCUGUGCUGCCAAAGCAAACAUACUGAAAAAUGAGGAAAAGAUCCAGAAGAUGAUUUCAAGCAUUAACUUCUCAAGAACGUGAGUGAGAAGACAGGGAUUGCUCUCUCACUCACUUCACCCGGAGAUCCAUUACUCGGGUAGUGAGGUGAGCAAAUUAAGGAAGAGGAAGCUUGCAAGAGAGCAGACAAGUAAUAUGGCGAGGGAGUGGGUGGUGGGAGGGGGGAGAAAGCUAAAAUUAAUUUAUGUUCCUAUCUUGCAAUCAGUUCCAUGUAAACACUUAAAAAGCUUCUAUUGAGAGCACAGGAUUCAGUAUUCUAAAUAAAAGCACUGUUUGUAAAAAAAAA